AUGAGGUGGACCACGAUAACUACAGCCGCGGCUCUGCUCGGCAGCGUUGACGCCGUUAACAUCCCGAGAUCGAAGGCCGGUAAAGGUUAUCUGUCGAUGCACGUUGGUACCGUGGAGCGAAACAAGGAUAAGCAGCACGACAAGCGUCAAGACGGUGACGCUAUCGCUGUCCGACUCGAGAACAAAGAUUUCUUCUACGCGACAGACAUUGAAAUCGGUACUCCUCCUCAAAAAGUCACAGUCCUUCUCGAUACCGGCUCCAACGAACUCUGGGUAAACCCGGACUGCGAAGAAGCUCAAUCCGCUACUCAAUACAACCAAUGUCUUGACUUUGGACAAUACGACCCUCGAAAGUCAAAGACACCACCCAUCGGUCCUUUUGGUGGCGAGACGCUCAACUAUGGCGACGCGUCCGACUCAACGACGCAUACAUCUGCGACGAUUCGAUACUAUACAGAUCUCAUGACAUUUGGAGACUCAAAGUUGAGAAACCAGACUUUCGGUGUCUUGGUUGAGAGCAAUGGUAUCUCACAGGGUAUCCUCGGUCUUGCGCCUGAUUUGAGGGCUGGAUUUGACGGCGAUGAGCCUUAUAGCUUAUUGCUCACUUCCAUGGCGGACCAGGGACUUAUCAACAGUCGCGUGUUCGCGCUUGAUCUGCGACACUCGGAUGAUACAGAGGGUGCUCUGAUCUACGGUGGUAUUGAUCGCAGCAAGUAUAUUGGCAAGCUGGAGACCCGCCCUAUCAUUCGUGGUGAGGGUGGUGAGUACCGUCUCGCCGUUGAGUUGGAUAGUCUCGGCGUCACCAUUAGCGGUGAUACAGAGGACAUUCGUGUCUCCAGCUCUGACUCCAACGUUAUGCUCGACUCUGGAACGACUCUCACCCGCAUGCACAUGUCGGUCGCGCGACCAAUUCUGGAGGCUCUCGAUGCUCAGAACGAUGGUGAGGGCUUUUACAUGACCGACUGUGAAAACCGCGACCUCGAUGGCACGGUUGAUUUUGGGUUCGGUGACAAGAUAAUCAAAGUUGCCUUCAGCGACUUUAUUCUUGAACUUGGACCUGGAACGUGCUACAUUGGUCUUGUACCUACCAGCGACCAGCAGAUUCUUGGUGACUCUGUUCUGCGAGCCGGAUACUUCGUCUUUGACUGGGAUAACAAGGAGGUCCAUCUCGCUCAGGCUGCUGACUGUGGUGAUGAGGACAUUGUUGCUGUUGGAUCUGGCUCUGACGCUGUGCCCAGUGAGACUGGCAAGUGCAAGAGUUCUGAUAUCACAGCUACUGGACGUGCGGCUACUGCUACUGGCACAGGCGGCUCGUUCCCUACCUCUGCGUACACCACCACUUACACCAUCACCUCAUGUCCCGACUUCGAACGCGACUGUGCCACAGGCGUCGUGACGACACAGACCUUCAGCGGUCGACCAACCGUCACAGUCACUGCCGGAGCCGGUAGUGGCGGUGAUGACGAUGACAAUGCCGCAUGGCAGCCUACACCCCUCAGCUGGGUGUUUGCUGUCAUUGGCGGGUUUGCUCUCGGAGUCAACUUGCUAUAG